AUGCCUUCGAAAUCAUCUCAGAUCAAUGUAGAUGCGGAGAUCGUCUAUGAAUAUCAUCGAAUGCAUAUGGCUGUCAGUCCUGCUAAGGCCAUCUUCUGCCUUUGUAGUCUCGACACACGAGUAGCAACACGCGCAGCACAGCUUUUCCUCGCUGGUUAUGGAGAAUAUCUCAUCUACUCUGGCGGAUCAGGGAAACUUACGGCAAAUCGUUUUGCGAAACCAGAAGCCGAGAUAUUUGCAUGUAUUGCCAGGGAGUUAGGGGUUCCGGCCGACAAGAUCAUCGUGGAGCCAAACUCGAGCAACACUGGCGAAAAUGUUCGGUUCACCCAUGCCCUUUUGAAAGAACUAGAGCUAGAGGCCACGAGCUUCGUGCUGGUUCAGAAGCCAUAUAUGGAAAGGAGAACAUAUGCAACCUUCAGCAAACAAUGGCCGGACCCCAAAACAGUGUUCACUGUGACAAGCCCUGAACUGGGAUUCGCCCAAUAUCCGAAUGAGGAAAACCCUCGUGACUUAGUUAUUGAGAUCAUGGUCGGGGACUUGGUGAGAAUCCGAGAGUACCCAGCAAAGGGCUUUCAAGUUGAGCAAAGGAUUCCUUCCGAGGUCUGGGAGGCAAACCAAAGGCUCAUUAACGCUGGCUACGAUGGGCAUUUACCCUGA